CUGGAUUUACUGAGUUAUUAAAAUAAUUCGGAGCCAUAACCGAUAUACCUCUGUGUGUAACCAGAUUUAAAAUUAAAAAAUAAAUGUAGAAAUAAAAGUUCCCAGUUUUCUGACUCAAGCCUUCGUCAAUCUCCGUCCAAUUUUUCCGUUAAUUACAAUUGUACGAAGCACAAAAGAAAAAAGUUAGGGUUUCCAUUUCUAAGAAAGUGGAUUCGUGAUCACAAGGAACUAUGUUCACGUCGCAGAGAAGGCCGAUUCCGGCGAUCUCGCUCACGCCGCGUGGCACCGAUACGCAGAGGAGCGGUACCUUUUCUAAAAAGAGUAACUUUGGAGGCAAAGGGAAGGCCGUUGCUCCCGCUGAAAACCAAACACCGCCACUGCUUCCUGUGACUUCGCUGUUGGAAGCCAAUGGCCUGGCGAGGGGCGAGGUGGGUGAAUCAGAGGAUGAUUGGAGGGGGUUUCGGGAGGCCGGGUUGUUGGACGAGGCCACCAUGGAGCGGAAAGAACGUGAGGCUCUUAUUCGGAGAGCCUCCAAACUUGAACAAGAGUUGUUUGAUUACCAGUAUAAUAUGGGGCUUCUUCUUAUUGAGAAGAAAGAAUGGACUUCAAAAUUUGAAGAGCUACGGCAAGCUCUUGAAGAAACGCAGGAGAUCCUAAAGCGUGAACAGUCAGCUCAUUUAAUUGCAUUAACUGAUGUUGAGAAGCGUGAGGAAAAUUUGAGGAGAGCCUUGAGCAUGGAGAAGCAGUGUGUGGCUAAUCUUGAAAAGGCUGUGCAUGAUACUGAAGAGGAGUGUGCAAAAGUAAAACUUAAUUCAAAGAAAAAAUUGACUGAUGCAAAUACUUUGGUUGUUGGAAUUGAGGAGAAGUCAUUGGUGGUGGAAGAGAAGAUGCAUGCUGCUGAAGCCAAAAUUGCAGAGGUAAACAGAAAGAAUUCUGAAUUGGAGACAAAAUUGCAAGAGUUGGAGGCACAAGAAAGUGUGCUUCAAAGGGAACGACUCUCCCUAAUUACAGAACAAGAAGCACGCAAGGCAAUGUUCUAUAAACAGAGAGAAGACUUACAGGAGUGGGAGAUGAAAUUACGAAAGGGGGAUGAGAUGCUCAUUGAGCUUAAGAGAACCAUAUUUCAAAGAGAGGAAAAUGCAAACAAAAAGGACCGGAUUCUAAAGCAAAAGGCGAGGGAUCUUGAAGAGUGGGAAAAGAAGAUUGAUUUGUCCAACACAAAGUUGAAAGAGAGGGAGGAUGAUAUGAAUAAGCAACUAGCAGAUAUAGUUGCAAAAGAAAGAGAAGUUAACUCUCUAAGAAGGACGUUGGAAGUGAAAAACAAGGAAUUAUUGACAUUGGAAGAGAAACUUACUGCUAGGGGAAGAGUGGAAAUUCAGAAGCUUGUAGAUGAUCAGAAGGGAAUUCUGGAUGCUAAGAGGCUGGAGUUUGAGCGAGAACUUGAAGAAAGGAGGAAAUCAGUUGAUGAGGAAAUGAGGAGCAAGGUAACUACCCUAGAGCAGAAGGCAUUCGAAAUUAAACACAAGGAAGAGAAGCUGGGAAAGCAAGAACAAGCAUUGGAUGAAAAGUCAGUCAGAGUUAAAGAGAAAGAGAAGGAUCUUGAAGCAAGAUUGAAAUCUGUAAAAGAAACAGAAAAGAUAUUGAAAACUGCAGAGAAAAAUUUGGGGUUUGAAAAGCAACAACUGAUUGCUGACACAGAGAGCUUGGAGAUUCUCAAAUCUGAUAUUGAUAAGUUAGAGGCUGAAACUUCUGAGCAGGAGUUCCAGAUUCAAAAGGAACGCCAGAAGCUUAAACUUAUUGAAGAAGAGAGGUCGGAACAUCGCCAUUUGCAGUCAGAGUUGAAGCAGCAGAUAGAAUUGUUCAGACGUCAGCAGGAGUUACUUCUGAAGGAACAUGAAGACUUGAAACAGGAAAGGGUGAGGUUUGAGAAAGAAUGGGAAGGGCUAGAUGAGAAAAGAGAUGAAAUUAGUAAAGAGCUGAAGAAUAUACCUGAAGCAGUACAGAAGUUGGAAAAAUUGCAGCAUUCAGGAGAAGAUAGAUUAAAAGAAGAGGAAUCUGCAUUGCGGGAUUAUAUUCAGAGGGAGUUGGAAGAUAUUAGACUUAAGAAAGAAUCAUUCAAGGCCAUGAUGAAGCAUGAUCAGUUGCAUUUAUCUGAAAAGGCUCAAAAUGAAUGCAAGAAGAUGCGUGAAGAAUACGAGAUGCAGAAAAUCAAUCAUGAAUCUGACAUGCUGAAUAGACAGGAAAGAAUGGAGAAAGAUCUUCAGGAAAGGAAGAGAGCAUUUUAUGAAAAGAAAGAUAGAGAACUUAGUGAAUUAAAUCACUUGAAGGAAGUUACUGAGAAUGAAUUACAAGAAAUAAGAUCUAAAAGGGAUGAAUUAGAGAGGCAGAAGCAGGAAGUUAAAAUGAACAAAAAGAAUUUGAAAGAACAACAACUUGGAAUGAGCAAGGACAUUGAUGAGCUUGACAUUAUUUGCAGGAGGCAUUAUCAUAAUCAGAAACAAUUUAAGCACGAAAAAGAGCGUUUCCUUGAGUUUGUUGAGAAGCAAAAGGGUUGCAAGAAUUGUGGAGAAAUGACAAAGGAAUUUGUACUUUCCCAUGUGCAAUUACCUGAUGUGGAAGAUGGGGGUGCUCUUCCUUUACCAACGCUGGCUGGUAGAUAUUUGGGCAAACUUCAAGGUGAUAUAGUAGCUCCGUAUGAUUCAAAUACUGAGAGAUCUCAUGGACUUAAUUUGGGAUAUGAAGAUGCUGGAGGUCGCAUGUCUUGGUUGCGUAAAUGCACUUCUAGGAUUUUUAGCAUCUCUCCUAUUAAAAAGACUGUUCAUGUUUCUACUUCAGUUUCAGUAGAGGAGCAACCACAGUCACCUGUGCCUGCUAAUAAGCAAAAAAAGACUGAGGGCUCUGGUUUGCUUCUCAGUAAAGAAGCAAGAGCAUGCAAAAUUCCAGAAGAUGAAUCCCAACCAUCUUUCAGGAUGGCAAAUGAUUCCUUUGAUUUUCAACAGCUCCAAUCUGAUAGCACAAUCAAAGAGCUGGAUGAUGAGUAUGCUCCAUCUGCUGAUGAUCAUAGCUACAUGGAUGGUAAGGCACAAGACAUUCCUGAAGAUUCCCAGCAGUCAGAACUAAGGAGUGCUCGCCGGAAACCUGGGAGGAGGCCCAAGUCUUUAUCAAACAGAACACGCUCAGUGAAGGCUGUGGUUGAAGAUGCAAAGAUGUUUCCUGCAGAAAGCCCUGAAGGUGCAGAACUGAAUGCGAACAUGCAGCCGUACAAGGAUAAUCAAGGGAUUUCUAGUCAUACUGAGGAGGCAGCUGGUGGUACUUCAAGGAAGCGGCGACGAUCACAAGCCUCAAAAAUUACAGAAAGUGAGCAAGAUGGUGCUGAUAGUGACGGACCUUCGGACAUUGUCACUGCUGGUGGGCGCAGGAAGAGGCAGCAGACUGUUAUUCCGGCCCAACCUGCUCCAGCAGAGAAGCGAUACAAUCUCAGACAACACAAGACUGUAGGCACAGCCGUGCCAGCUCAAGCUUUAGCAACACUAGUUGCAUCUGAUCUGAACAAGACAAGGAAGAUGGUAGCUGAAGGUACUAGUGUAGUGGAAGCAGUACCGAAUCCAGGAGAUGCAUCUGUGUUGUCUCUAGGAAUUGCUAGUGAGAAUGGCAAGUCUACCCAGUUGGUGCAGCUAACUGCAGUAGGCGGUGUGGAGUUCUCUCAGGACAGGGUUGUCCAGGUAAAACCUGUUUCCCCUUUCCAGUUUAAGUCAACUGAGGACAUUGUUGAUGAUAAUGUUGGUGACCAGAAGUCAACCGAGAAUGCUGAGUUGAGUGAAGUUGAUGGUACACCAGAGUAUGUUGACGAAGGCGAGAACGGGAGUACAAUCCUUGAGGAAGACAAUGAUGAUUAUGACAACAGCGACGAUUCAGAUCAUCCUGGUGAACCAUCAAUUGGGAAGAAGCUGUGGAAAUUUUUUACGUCUUGAAGGGUAUCUCACCCCCCCUCCCCUCUAGUUUCUUUAUUUUCUUGAUUUAAUUCCUUCAACAAUUGUAUUCAUAUCUCAGCACUUAGAAGUCCAGAUAUCUGGACUAAAACGGUAUCACUUACAUACAUAAUAAUUGAAUAUUAACCAAAA